CUCUGAGACCUCUCAUUCUGCUGCAGGAUUACUACACGAAUACCACAGUUAUACUCCAGAAAACUACCUAACCCAUUGCUGUAAAAAGUACUUCAUAUACUGUGUAUUCUGCUCAUCCUACAAGAGGAACUACGGAAAACUACGUCACUCCUACUGGAUUACAACGAUCCAAUCAGAACCCAACCAGAGACAGAACCUGGCACCUCAGGCUGGACCAGAACCAGGAGAACCAGGCCAGACCAGUACAGAACCAGUAAGCCAGUCGGACUCUGUGGAGCGGAUCGAACCAGGCCCAGGACGGACCAGAAGAGACCAGUAGAACUCAGUAAAGGCCAUCGGAAAAGUUUGAUGGGACUGCUGACGAUAGCCACAUGCCUCUGAGUCCGGCUGCUGACACCAAACAUGAUCGCCCACGGCAACAGGCGGUUACUAACGGCAACCCGACAGGCUCCGAUGUUGCCAGGGACGACGACGCGGAUGACACGCCCCCUGGAAACAGCAUUGUCGUCCGCAUUGGCAUCCCAGACCUGCAGCAGACGAAGUGUUUGCGGUUGGACCCAGAGUUACCAGUUUGGACCAGUAAGCAGAGGGUUCUGGUGACGUUGACUCAGUCUCUGUCGGAUGUUUUGAACUAUGGUCUCUUCCAGCCGGCGUUCAACGGCCGAGCCGGAAAGUUUCUGGACGAGGAGCGGCUGCUGAAGGAGUAUCCUCUCCCUCCCAUCACACCCAUCCCAUACCUGGAGUUCCGUUAUAAGCGGAGAGUUUACACCCAGAGCUACGUGGACGAUAAGCAGCUGGCAAAGCUGCACACAAAGGCAAACCUGAAGCGUUUUAUGGAACAUGUUCACCAGAAGAAUGUGGAGAAGGUUUCCAAAUGGUUGGAAAAGGGCCUGGACCCCAACUUCCAUGACUCCGACACCGGGGAGUGUCCUCUGACUCUGGCGGUCCAGCUGGAGGAGAGUGGGGACUUAAUUAAAGUCCUCCGCAGUGGAGGAGCCCACCUGGACUUCAGGACCAGAGACGGUAUCACCGCUCUGCAUCGGGCCGUCCUCUGCAGGAACAGUGCCUCUCUCACUACUCUGCUGGACCUCGGAGCGUCUCCGGACUACAAGGACAGCCGAGGUCUGACUCCUCUCUAUCACUCGGCCAUGGUGGGCGGCGCCCCCUACUGCUGCGAGCUGCUGCUGCAGGACCACGCCACCAUCGGGAUGACUGAUGAGAACGGCUGGCAGGAAAUCCACCAGGCAUGUCGCUAUGGUAACGUGCAGCACUUGGAGCACCUGCUGUUCUACGGCGCUGACAUGAGCUCCCAGAAUGCAUCGGGAAACACCGCACUGCACCUCUGUGCUCUCUACAACCAGGACAGUUGUGCCAGAGUGUUGCUGUUCAGAGGAGCAAAUAAGGACAUCAAAAACUACAACAACCAGACUGCCUUCCAGGUGGCAAUAAUUGCUGGGAACUUUGAUCUUGCAGAAAUCAUAAAAAUCCACAAAACCUCGGACGUUGUAGUUCCCUUCAGAGAAACUCCAUCCUACACAAAACGCCGCAAAGCCGGCGUGUCCAGGUCGUCGGCAGGAAAUGGUCUGUCUUCUCCGCGCUCUCUGAUUCGCUCGGCUAGUGACAACGUUCUGGAAAGCCCCGCCUCCUCUCCUGGCCCCUCCCUCCAAAGCCUGGAAACGCACCACGACACGCACACACAUUCACUACGACGACACCCACGGCGCCUCUCUGACCUGUCUGUCUGCCUCUCUGACCUGUCUGUCUGCAGCCCCAGCGGUGGAGGUCAUGUGGAGGCCAGCCCCCCCUCUCCCCCCAGCGACCCCCAGAUGAGGAAGAGGAGGCUGUACAGCGCCGUACCUGGACGCACCUUCAUCGCCACCCGGUCCCACGUCCCCCAGGGGGUCGGAGAGAUCCAGCUGCACCGAGGAGAGAGGGUCAAAGUUCUGUCUAUAGGUGAAGGAGGAUUCUGGGAAGGAAGUGUUAAAGGAAGAACUGGUUGGUUUCCUGCUGACUGUGUUGAGGAAGUCCAGAUGAGACAAUACGACCCACGACUGGAGACGAGAGAGGACCGCACUAAGAGACUGUUCAGACAUUAUACUGUAGGAUCCUACGACAACUACACCUCCUACAGUGACUAUGUGAUCGAGGAGAAGACGGCCGUGCUGCAGAAGAGAGAGAGCGAAGGAUUCGGCUUCGUCCUCAGAGGAGCUAAAGCCGAGACCCCCAUCGAGGAGUUCGCCCCCACCCCGGCGUUCCCCGCCCUGCAGUACCUGGAGUCAGUGGACCAAGGGGGCGUGGCCUGGAGGGCGGGGCUUCGGACCGGAGACUUCCUCAUCGAGGUGAACGGCGCCGACGUGGUGAAGGUGGGUCACCGGCAGGUCGUCUCUCUGAUCCGACAGGGAGGAAGUCGACUGCUGAUGAAGGUCGUGUCCGUUUCCAGGAAAUCUGAAACCAACCUGAUCCGGAAAAAAGCUCCGCCCCCUCCAAAACGAGCCCCAAGCACCUCGUUGACACUUCGCUCCAAGUCAAUGACCGCUGACCUGGAGGACAUAGCCCGGAGGAGACGCUUCGACAAACUGGAUGAGAUGUUGGCCGGAGGUCAACAGGAAGUAGUUUUAAGGGCCCGACCGUCCGACGACUUCAGAGCGGCGACGGUGAAACAGAGGCCGACGAGCCGCCGAAUCACACAGGCCGAGAUCAACUCGUUGUUUGAGCGUCAGGGUCUCGUUCCUCCUUCCGCUCCAGAGAAAAGCACCAUGGCUUUACCCCGAGGAAUGUCCAGAACCAAGAGCUUUGGAACACCUGAGGACGACAGGAUCUCGGCUCUGAUCAAUGAAAGUCGGUUUCCACGGAGCUCCUCGCUGACGGACAGCUUCAUCCCUCCUCCUCCUCAGAUGGCUCCGCCCCCUCCGCCCUCCGCCUCCUCCUCCACCUCCUCGCUCUUCCUCCUGGACUCCGGCCCUCCUCCCUCCUUCCUCCCCUCCUCCCCGGCCAGAGGGGAGGGGCUGACCCGCUCCAGCUUCAAGCCGGGGGCGGAACCACGGCUCCAGGAGCUCUCCGAUUCGCCGACGAGGAGCCACGCCCACGCCGAGAGGCAGAGAAAGGCGAGGUCAAUGAUCAUCCUGCAGGACACGCCCCCUCAGCUGCAACCAGACGCCACGCACACUGCCACGCACACUGCCACGCACACCGCUACGCACACGCUUCACACCGCCACGCACACCUCCACGCUGUCUCUCCACAGCACCAGCCCCGCCCUCGGCCACUCACCGCUGUCACGCCGCCGGGGACGACCAAUAGAAAACCCGUACGCUAACGUGGGACAGCAGGCUCCGCCCUCCAAGCCCCAGAGGAGGAAGUCGCCUUUGUUAAAACAACUUCCCGUGGAGGAGCAGGGUCUUGGAAUCAAAGAUCAUGAUCUGUUGAAGGUAGACGGAGGACCCAGCAGCCCCAGUCGGGCGGAGCUUUACCAGCAGCAGGUUCUUUCAGAGCGAGCUCGGGUUCAGGGUCGCAGGUCGUCUCUCUUCCUGUCUGUGGAGGGAGCCGGGUCAGAAAACCAGGUUCCACUCCUCCUGACUCAGAGCCAUUCUAUGGACGACCUCGGCGAGCUUCCACCACCAGCCCCCGUCCUGUCGCCCUCUCCAACGCCUCACACCUUCCUCCACCCACUGACAGGGAAGCCUCUAGACCCCUCAUCUCCACUCGCCCUGGCACUUGCUGCACGCGAACGAGCGCUCACUGCCCGCACGCCGAGCCCAGAGCCACGAAUGAAACACGUAUCUGCCUCCACCACACCCAUACCCACCCCAGCCGCCAGCCCCGAGGGCCGACACAAGCGCACCCCUAUCACCACCCCGCAGUGCAGCCCUGAGCCACGGUCCAAACGCACCACCCCUCAGACGAGCCCCGAGCAACGAACCAAGCGCACCACUCCCCAGACGAGUCCUGAGCUGAGGCAUAAACGCAUUACCCCGCCCUUGUUCCCUGACGGACAGGUGGAGCGUCCAGAAACAGAGGGAGGAGUGACAUCACCUGCAGGCCCCUCCCCUGAGCGCUGGAGACCAACCCCCUUGCCACCGCUGGCCAAUGAGAGUCACUCUGCUCUGAUUGACAGGCGCAGAAGCCUCACAGUGGGCAGCUCAGAGGAGGAGGGCGGGGCUUAUACAGUUACACUCCCACCAGCGUUGUUGUCGUCCAGUGAUGAGGAAACUAGGGAGGAGCUUCGCAGAAUCGGCCUGGUGACUCCACCCGCUGCCUUUGCCAGUCCUCCCCCUCUUCCUCCCCCAUCCUCCCUCACCCUGUUGCCACGGCGAGGUGGGGAGGGAGGGGGAGGUGAGAGUGGCCCUGACUCCCUGGGUAGACGAGGAGAUGAGGAGGAAGGAGGUGACGAACGGCUCCACGAUAGCUCCUCCCCCAGCUCACUCCCUCCAUCCAUUACCUUGGCAUCCCCUCCUGAUCCGUCCUCCCCCUCCUCACCACCGGUUACUCACCCUGCUCCCUCCUCCCCCUCCACCUCCCCAUCUGGGUUUAAGCCUCGCCUUCGUUCACCUAUAGGUCGGGGCCGCUCUGCACUCCGUGACCCGCUACUGAAGCAGUCAUCAGACAGUGAGCUCCUCCCGUCCGCUGCAUCCUGCUCCUCCCCCUCCUCCCCACUCUGUCACUCCCCCACCAGUGGCGGUGGACGGCAGCCACGCUAUCUGUUCCAGAGGAGGUCAAAGCUGUGGGGCGGGGACGACCGUGAGGAGCGGCGGGGCUUCGGCCAGGAUGAAGCGGGUCGUCCAGUAGCAAUGGGAGGUCAGGGGUCGGGGUCGGCCGUGGAUCUGAGCAGCCGGUCGGCUUCAGCACUGGAGCUGAGCGGCAGAGCAGGUUCUGGACUAGAUCUGGCUAAUCGGCUACAGCUGCUAAACAAAGACAGUCACUCUCUUGGGGAGGAGCCGAGUCCUCUCGAUCCAGGCCGGAGGUCACCAGUAGGAGGUGCCAGAUGUGUGGACAGUGAAGACAGUAAAUCGUUGUUCUCCAGUCUCGGUGAACUCCACACUAUCUCCCAACGAGGAUACGGCGCCAGCUAUACAGUCCGACCAGGAAGCCGCUACCCUGUAACCCGUCGAAGCCCCUCCCCCUCCCCCUCCCCAUCUGAUAGGUCAAUAGGGCAUCCCUCCUCCACCGCCCCCUGCAGUGAAAGGCCAGAUCUGAGCUCGGGUCGCGGUCUGACCAUCCUGAAGUCGUCUAGUCUCAGCCUCCCCUCAGAACCAAAGGAGGUUCGGUUUGUGAUGCGGAGCGCCAGCGCCCGAACCAGGUCCCGUUCACCCUCACCUUCGCCCCACGCCUCCCCCUGCCCCUCCCCUGUCCUCAGCGGGCCCCUGUUGGCCCUUCGGCCAUGGCGGCAGCGGCCCCUCAACUUGUGGAAUAAAUAUGACGUGGGCGACUGGCUGGAGAGCGUGGGCCUGGCCGAACACCGCCAGCGCUUCCAGGAGCACGAGAUCGAAGGCUCCCAUCUGCCCGCUCUCACCAAGGAGGACUACGUGGAGCUGGGCGUCACCAGACUGGGACACCGGAUCAACAUCGAGAGGGCGCUCAGACAGCUUCUAGAUGGUUCUACUUGACCCCUCACCUCUGACCACUAACCUCUAGACAUCCUGAACUGUGACCUCAUAACCCCUGACCUCUGGUCAGACACUAGGCCAUCUCUUUGACUAGAACAUCUUAGCAGUGACUGAAUCUUUAGACCUUUUUACCAACUACGAACCCAGCUCUCUGAGUGAUCUCGCUGACAUUUUGGCUUAUCAGCUCUUUGAUCAACCCAAACGGACUGGUAGCACCAACGUCUGUGUCCAGUAUAAAGCUUUAGUGAUAUUUUAGAUCCCCAAGAUAUAGUUUUACCUCUUUUAACGUCCAGUGCCUCGUGUUAAUAGUGUAUAAACCCCCAACGAAAUGUC